GAAAAAAAGUUUUGUGAUUUGCCGAAUGGAUCAAAAUUGUCCUUUUGUUAAGAGGUACAAGUUGUCCAUGGGUUAUCCGUUCAGCCCAUUUAUGUUUUUGUUUUUGAUGCUUGCUUGCGCCGUUUGACCAAACCCAAACCCUAGUUUUCCACCAAACAGUGAUAAGAAAGCAAAAGGUUUCCUCGUACAUAACCUUCAUUUCCCUGUCUGGAGUGAUUUCGAGCCGGCUUCGGCGUAUGCCCGCUCAUUGAAACCUCAACCAAGUGGACUGAUUUGAUUCAACUGCCUGAUAGAGAUGGCUGGGAACGCUGCGGCCAUUACAACGGCAGUUGCCUUAUUUUCGUUUUUAGUCAACUUUUCUCUUCAUAAAUUAGAAGAAGGGCACACAGGAGUGUAUUAUAGAGGUGGUGCCUUAUUGUCCAACACAAGUCAACCAGGAUUUCAUAUGAUGAUCCCAUUUAUUACUUCAUUUAGAUCAGUACAGGUAACAUUACAAACAGACGAAGUUAAAAAUGUACCUUGUGGAACGAGUGGUGGUGUAAUGAUCUAUUUUGACCGCAUUGAGGUUGUAAAUAUUCUUAGUGCUAGUAGUGUGUAUGACAUUGUAAAAAAUUAUACAGCUGAUUAUGACAAAACUUUGAUUUUCAAUAAAGUUCAUCAUGAGCUGAAUCAGUUCUGCAGUGUUCAUAGUCUUCAAGAGGUCUACAUUGAUCUCUUUGAUCAAAUUGAUGAAAAUCUCAAAACAGCACUUCAACGAGAUCUAAAUGAGAUGGCACCAGGUCUCUACAUACAAGCUGUUCGUGUUACUAAACCUAAAAUACCUGAGACUAUUCGGAAGAACUAUGAGCUUAUGGAGGGUGAGAAAACAAAAUUACUUAUUUCAGAGCAACACCAAAAACUGGUUGAGAAGGAUGCAGAAACAGACCGUAAGAAAGCUAUAAUUGAAGCUGAAAAGGAAGCAAGUGUAGCCAAAAUUCGCUUUGGACAGAAAAUAAUGGAGAAGGAGUCUCUUCAAAGGAUGGCACAAAUUGAAGAUGAAAUGCACAUAGCACGCCAGAAAAGCAGAUCAGAUGCGGAAUUCUAUCAGUUGCAGAAGGAAGCAGAAGCAAACAAACUUCUUUUGACACCUGAAUACUUAGAGUUAGUUAAGUAUAAAUCCCUGACUGCCAACAGUAAAAUGUUCUUUGGCUCAAAUAUUCCUAGCAUGUUUCUUCAGGGAGAUUCAUCAAAUUCCUUCCCUAGCAGUAGCACUGCGGCUGCACAGGAAACCUUAAAAUCACAUGAAGCGUCCACACCUCAGUAAUUCUCUUAUUCAAUUUCUAUUGUAUUAUUUUUGUCUGACUUUUAGUGUGUUGAUUUUGUGAAGUUGAUAUGUGCUCAAAUAAUUUUGUCUCUUAUCAUGAGAGUACAAGGGGGACUUGUUCUACCUCCUACACUCCAUGCUCUUAUUCAUGUUCUUUUAUAUUACUUUUGGCUGAUUUUGAAUGGGUCAGGUUUAUAAAGUUGAAUUAUGCUCAAGUAAGAAUGUUUUGUAUCCCAAGUUCCAUUUUAUCAUAUUUUUUUUUAAUUACUUUUUUUUUUUGAAGGUUGAUUUAUGCUCAAUUAAACUUGUCUCUUGUUCUGUAGAUCUAUUAUUUUAUUUUUUGCUUAUUCUUCAUAUGUUGAUUUUUUUUAUGUUGUAACAAUAUGCACAAAUAAGAAUGUCCCUUAUUCAAAAUGUACUCUGUGGCGGGCUGAUGUGAAUUUCAUGUGUGCUGAGCUGAAAUAAUAAAAGUGUGUAUGUAA